CAUGCUGUUAUGCCUUCUACUUUGUUGGGGUAGUGAGUAUAACAGUGAAUGGCCCCGUUCACCUUGCCUUAAGUGGGGUAGAACUUCAGUCCUUUACCCAUACCUGAUCCCCUGGUGAGAAGGGGUGUACGGGAGUUGACAAGCUAAUGGGGACUCUCUCUUGAAACCAUUUACUUAAGGCCUUUGAUAUCUUUCCUAGUCCCUCCAUUACCCUAUGAAUUUCUAGUUCUUCCCGUCCUCUCAGUCAUCCGGGCAGGGACUUAAGGAUGGGAGGAGGCUAUACACCGCUUUAUAGGGCGAGUAUCCUGUUCUCUUAGUGGGGGUGCAUCUGAUUCUAAAUAGGACCAUAGGGAGAGCUUGGACUCAGGUAAGGUUUGUUUCUUGGCAUAGCUUUCCUAAUCCUGCCUUUAUGGUUCUGUUCAUUCUCUCUACCUUUCCUGAAUUCUGGGGCCUACAAGCGGCAUGUAGCUGCCAAGAGAUCCCUAACCCCUUUGAGGUCAUCUGGAUUAUGUCUGCUAUGAAGGCAGGCCCGUUGUCUGAGCUAAUCUGUGAGGGGAGUCCAUAUUGUCCUCCGAUCCCUAAGGGAAUCAUGUGUUUCUUCAUCAGGGGCAUCCUCAGGCUUUGGCCGUGCGUAGACCAGUCAGCUCCCGGGAUGUGACUGGAGCAGGGCUAGACGAGUCUGUCUAGAUGUUUACUACCUUCUCUUUUCUAAUCUCAAGAGCCCUUGUGAGGGCAAUGAGUUCAGCUUUCUGCGCAGAGUGCCGACUGGCAGAGGUUGGGCUUCUAGCACCUCAUCCUGAGUGACCACUGCAUACCCAGCCUGCCGUGUUCCGUCAGAAUUCACAGAACUGCUCCCAUCUACAAAUAUCUCUAGGUCUAGGUCUGAGUAGGGGCUGUCCUUUAGGUCAGGUCGCCCCAAGUAGACCAUAGAGGGGCGGUCCCGGUCCUACCAGGAGGAGGGUAGCUGGGUUUAAGCAUUGUACAGUCUCAAGUGUAAUUCUGGGAUUUUCACAUAGCAGUCUUUGAUAUUUAAUGAGGUGGGAGUUGGUGAGUCAAUGAUGGCCUUUGGCAUUCAUCAGGGUCAGGACCGAGUGAGGCACCCGAAUAAUCAGUUGUCGGCCGAGAGUGAGCUUGUCAGCCUCUUGGGCAAGCAGAGCGGUGGCAGCUAGUGCCUGCAAACAUGGAGGCCACCCUGUAGCUAUUCCGUCUAGUUGUUUUGACAAGUAUGCUACCAUUCUCUCCCAGGACCCAAGUCUCUGUACUAAUACUCUCACUGCUAUCUUCUGUUUCUCUGAUAUGUAAAGGUAGAAUGGUUUUUCUAAAUCAGGGAGCCCUAGCGCAGGUGCUUCCUGGAGUUUGCCUCUGAGUUCGAGGAAAGCGUUCUAGUGUCUCUUUUUCCAAAUGAAAGGUUCCUUUUCUUCCCCCUUUGUCGCUUCAUAGAGAGACUUAGUAAUAACUGCGAAGUUGGGGAUCCAAAUGUGACAAAAUCCAAUGGCUCCUAGGAAUUCUCUUAGACUGCGUUGGGAGGUGGGCUCAGGGAUGGACUGUAUGGCCUCUUUUCGUCCCCUUCCUAGGAGUCUUUCUCCCUUCUGGAGCUGGAACCCUAAAUAUCUUACAGUUUGUAGGCAAAUUUGGGCUUUCUUUUGGAACCUUAUAUCCACAUUGGUUCAAAUAUUUGAGGAGGGCAUCUGUGCUUUUGGCACACCCUUCUAGGUCUUCAUGUCUAAGUAACAGAUCAUCCAUUUACUGGAGCAGGACACAGCCAAGUGAGGCUGACGGGAAAGUCCACAUAUCUCAUGCUACGGCUUCUCCAAAGAUAGUGGGGGCAUUUUUGAAUCCCUGGGGAAGUCAUGUCCAGGUGUACUGGCUCUUGGUCCCUGUUCUCGGAUCUCCCCAUUCAAAAGCAAACAGUUCUUGGCUCACAGUGGCUACCCGGAUGCUGAAGAAUGGAUCUUUUAAAUCUAAACAAGUGAACCAGGUUGUGGAGGAAUUUUUCACAGACAACCUGUGGGGCACACUGCCUAACUCAUGGCAGGAAGCGUUGGAUGGACUGAACCCACCACAGCUGGCUACACUGCUGCUGGGGAUGCCUGGGGAAGGGGAGGUGGUAAGGUACAGGUCGGUGUGGCCACUCACCCUGCUGGCCCUGAAGUCCACGGCCUAUGCUCUGGCCUUUACCCGGACGCCUGGCUUUCACACCCCCUCGGAGUUCCUGGAGAACCCCAGCCAGAGCUCCCGACUAACAGCUCCUUUCCGGAAACAUGUCAGGCCCAAGAAGCAGCAUGAGAUCCGGAGGCUGGGAGAGUUGGUGAAGAAGCUGAGUGACCUCACAGGCUGCACCCAGGUUGUGGACGUGGGCUCAGGCCAGGGUCAUCUCUCCCGCUUCAUGUCUCUGGGGCUGGGGCUGGUGGUGAAGAGCAUUGAGGGGGAUCAGAGACUGGUGGAGAGAGCCAAGCGCCUGGACCAGGAGCUUCUGCAGGCCCUGGAGAAGGAGGAGCGGAGGAACCCACAGAUGGUCCAAACUGGCCCUCGGCACUCCCCACACCAUGUGGUUAGGUGGGUAGACCCCACGGCCCUGUGUGAGGAGCUUCUGCUUCCCCUGGAGAACCCACAUCAGGGCGGCACCCGCUUGCUGCUAACAGGCCUCCAUGCCUGUGGGGAUCUGAGCGUUGCCUUGCUGAGGCACUUCUCCUGCUGCCCUGAGGUGGUGGCCCUGGCCUCAGUGGGUUGCUGCUACAUGAAACUGAGUGACCCUGGCGGCUACCCGCUGAGUCAGUGGGUGGCUGGGCUGCCUGGCUGUGAACUGCCCUACAGGCUUCGGGAGGGGGCCUGCCAUGCCCUGGAAGAGUAUGCUGAGCGGCUACAGAAAGCUGGCCCUGGCCUCCGAACUCACUGCUACCGUGCAGCACUGGAGACAGUCAUCCGACGUGCCCAGCCCGAGCUCCGUCGGCCAGGCGUGCAGGGGAUCCCUCGGGUCCACGAGCUCAAGAUUGAAGAAUAUGUGCAGCGGGGGCUGCAGCGUGUGGGGCUAGACCCCCAGCUACCGCUGAAUCUGGCUGCCCUCCAGGGCCACCAGGCCCAGGAGAACCGUGUGGUGGCCUUCUUCAGCCUGGCUCUACUGCUGGCCCCACUGGUGGAGACACUGAUUCUACUGGACCGGCUGCUCUACCUUCAGGAGCAAGGCUUCCACGCUGAGCUCCUGCCCAUCUUUAGCCCUGAACUCUCUCCCAGAAACCUGGUUCUGGUGGCCACCAAGAUGCCCCUGGGUCAGGCCUUCUCUGUUCUGGAGACUGAAGACAGCUGACACAGCCUGAGUAGGGGCACAUCUCAGACCCCAUCUGAAACCACCCAGAUACCAUAGUGUAGCACAGUGUACCUUACCCAGAGAACCAGCAUCCUGCUUCCUCCAGAAUCCUGGUUCCCCACAAGCCUUCAGUGUCAUACCCUUUCCUUUCAUAGGUUAUGUAAUAUUGUAUAAAGUUUUAUUUUUUAUUUAUUAAAAAAUGGAAAUCUUUA